AUCGCGUCCACAAAGACGAAACAUGGAAUCAACGACUUUGAAAUUGCUUGCCGGUGCUUUGGCCGUACUGCUGCUCUACGUAAUAAGCGUAUACACUUACUGGAAAAGACGUCGGAUCCCGACAGCCAAUGGAUUCAUACCGUUUGUCGGUCACUUCUUGCCGAUAUACAGUUUGCGAAACAGCAUGGGAAAAUAUUUUCAGAAGAUGUACAACGAAUGCAAACAACACAGUAUGUUCGGAGUAUACGAUAUAUUCCAACCGAUACUAGUCGUUCGAGAACCGCGAUUAGUGAAGAACAUCCUGCAAAGUAACUUCUCGAGCUUCCAUAAAAAUGCAUGGGAGCUGGUGCCAGAUGUAGAUCCUCUGUUACACAAGAAUCCAUUCUUUGCCGAAGGCGAGCAAUGGAUGACCGGUCGAAAACGACUGACCUACGCGUUCUCCAGCAUGAGGCUAAAAAUUCUCUUCCAAGCUGUCGCCGGGGUGGGUAAGAAGUUCGAAGAUUUUCUGAGCAGAAAACUGAAGACAAAAGACAAGUACGAAGUCGAGUUGACAGAAUUCUUCGGAAGAUUCACGGCCGAGUCCGUGGCGAAUGCUGGUCUAGGCAUCGAGGGAUACAGCUUCGACGACAAUCCGCCGCCAAACACUUUUCAAGAACUCGGCACAGAGACCUUCGAGUUGAACUUCGUAAACGCGCUACUAAGUAACCUUCUCUUCUUCAAACCAGCUAUAAAUCGUUUCCUGCGGAUCUCGUUCGUGCCGAAACACGUGGACAAAUUCUUCCGACAGGUUGUCAACGAGAAUCUGCAGAUGAGACGAACCGCAGAGACAACAAGAAACGACUUUUUCCAAACGAUGUUCGACCUCGCGAAGACGAGCGGUGAAGAACUGAACUCGGAGGAGCUCACGUCUCACGCGCUCUCCUUUUUCGUUGACGGAUUCGAGACGAGCAGGAUAACACUCUCUUUCGUUGGAUAUCAAUUGGCAAGACAUCCGGACAUUCAGCAGAAGAUGAGGGACGAAGUGAAGUCCACGAUCGCGAAACACGGAGGUGUGUUAACGUACGAGGCCACGAAGGAAUUAACGUACAUGGAACAAGUGAUCAGUGAGUCGCAACGCCUGAACCCUGCGUUGGGCUUCUUCAGGAAGCGUUGCACCGAGAAGAUCGAGCUGGUCGGUUCCGAUGGAUUGCGUGUCUGGGUACAGCCGGGGACUGAUAUAAUUAUAUCCAUCGACGGGCUGCAAGUGGAUCCAGAACACUGGCAGGAUCCAGAAAAGUUCGAUCCAGAUCGUUUCAGCGAAGAGAGAAAACGCAGCAUAGAGAAGAUGGCUUUCAUACCGUUCGGAGAGGGUCCGAGGAUGUGCGUCGGUAUGAGAAUGGCGAUGGUAGUGAUGAAACACUGCUUGGCUACCCUUUUAGAUAACUACAAACUAGAAUUGUCACCAAAAACGCAACUUCCUUUGCAAAUGACACCUUUAUUCUUCUUAAACAAGCCCAUUGGCGGCCUCUGGGCGUAUGUAUCGAAAUUGUGAAAUCAUUUUGUUUUUUAUCGGAUGAAUAUUUUUUUAUUACAAACAACAAACUCAUGAAUAUAACUUUGUAGUCCGAUUAAUUUUAUGUUACGAAAAUUCAGAUUUUAAAACAGUAUAUUUCUUAUGGACACGUGUGCGAGGCUCAGAUACGACGCUAUUCAGAUAAAUAACUGAUUCAAAUUCGUAGAGUUUUAUUUCGAAAUUGUGAGAUUAGUUUUGUGCUUUACCGUCUGUAAUAUUUAUUUUUACUCCUCUUUUAUAGUAUAUUGCAGUGGUAGCCAAACCUUAUCAGGAUAUGGGCCAUACAUUGCCUAUUAGAAGUAUGUACUCGAGAACCGCAUCCUCUAAUUGUGAGUCACGCUUACAAUCUUUGUGUACAUCAUACUACAUAAUAAAGUCAGCAAAUUUACAAAAAUAUCAUAUUUCAAAGGUGUAUGUAGUAUGUAUAAAGCUACAGGAACCGCAGUGAGGGUCUAAAAGAGCCGUGUGCGACUCGUGAGUCGCAGUUCUGCCACUGUGGGUACAUAGGAUAGUCUUAUGUAAUGUUUUUAAAUGAAAACAAAGAACUUAUGAAUAUAACUUUGCACUCCGAUCAAUUUUGUGUUACGAAUGUUCGAAGGUUAAUACAAUAUAAUUCUUACGGGGAUGUUCAUGGGCCAACAGAUGUGACGCUAUUCAGAUGAACAAUUGAUUUAAAUUCAUAGAGAUUUUACAUAAGUGAUUCAUACUACUUUGUGAUAUACUUUUGGAAUUAUUUACAAAAAUAAUGUUCCUUUAUGGAUAGAAGAGAUGUCUGGAAAGGCUGCGAACUAUCUCUCGCGCGUUUUAGCACGCAGGGACUCGACAGAUCCUCUGAAUGUUUUCCUCCUGUUCACCAUCCUGAUGCACUGUUCCGAGUAUACGUGUGGGCAUGCAUGAAUUUUAUAUUCUAUAUGUUUAUCUGUUGACACUAACUAGAUUACAUAUACUAAUAGCUGCGAAUAGAGUGAAGAGUGUGUGACGCCCUCCUAUGUACUUUUAGUUUUUUGUACUGCGUUUCUUUCUGCCAUCUCACUGACACUCUUCAACAGAGAUACGACCGUGCGGUCACUGUAUUGUAUCCAUCAUAUUUUUUAUAAUAAAAGCUGAUUGUGUUUUUCUGCACCAGGUA